CACUGACGGAGGUCCCUCGCAGAGGAAUGACGUCGACAGACGGCUGUGCUGCGGUGGCGGGCGGAUCUUGAGUAGCGGCUGGCUCAUGGUGUAGCAUGUCCUUGCUGCGAGGCGCGCAUCGACCUUAUAGCCAUUUGGACGACGAGGACGACCUCGUCCGGUACACGGACACACAGCAGGACACACGCAACUCGCCAACUUCGAGCGCCGCUCCCGCGUCUCGGCUUGUAGACCACGCCCAGCGUUCGCGUCGCCACUACUGGUCUACCACAGGAGGAGCAGGGUCUCAUCAAGGCACGUGCAGCCCCAAGAUGUGCGUGCUCGCAGCGGUCACCGCGCUCGUUACGCUCACGGUGCUGGUAACGGUGGCAGCGGCGGUGAUUUCCACGACUGCCAGUCCGUCUAGCACCACUGCAAGUACCGCGUCAACUGGUGGCGCGCCCGGGACAACGUCUCUGUUGUUGUCAGCCGGCAUCGGCAGGUCGCUGGAGGAUGUGGUGCGUGCGCGGACGCCCGGCUGCGGAGAGAUUGCAGGAGUCAUCGAGGACGGCGCCUUUGUUUUUAAGGCGCUGCGCUACGCCGAGGCGCCCGUGGGUGAACGUCGUUGGCGCAAACCGCAGCCGAGCAGCACCCAGUCGUGCGUGGCCGGCCGACGAGCCGAGCACUUCGGCUCGGCGUGCCUGCAGGCCAACCCGGUCACCAAGAAGUUCGAAGGGUCCGAGGACUGCCUCUUCCUCAACGUGUGGACGCCACGCAUCGACCCGACGGCCAGUAUGGAUGUUCUAGUCUGGAUUCAUGGCGGGUUCCUGCAGCUGGGUUCCGGGCACCAGCCGGGACUGAGUCCUUCGGGGCGGCUGGCUAAACUUACCAACGCCGUACUCGUCAGCUUCAAUUACCGCCUCGGGCCAUUGGGCUUCCUCGCUCUGACAGCGCUGGGAAACGAAGUCAACCACGGCCUGUGGGACGCAGCGCUGGCUCUCACGUGGGUUCGCGACAACAUUCGUUCCCUCGGAGGGGACCCUGAGAAGGUGACCGUGGUGGGCGCCGAUGCUGGUGCCUCACUUGCGUUAGCGAUUUUGGCAGCGGGACCCCAAGCUGGCUGGGAGCGCCUCUUCAGGGCAGCCUGGCUUGAUGGUCCAUCGUCAGUACUCAACAGAACGUACGCGCAGGUUGCCAAGCACAACAAGGCAUUUUUCCAGCAGCGUUCUGGUUGUGCUAACGCGACGUGCCUGCGAGGACUGAGCGGUCACGACGUCAUCAAAGCCCAUUUGGGUAAAGACGACCCAUCCUUCAGGAUCAGAGACCAGAACGACCUGCCUAUUCAGGGGAUAUUUCCAGAGCAGUUUCUCGUCGUAGACGGUGACAUGGCGAAGAUGGUGGUCAUUCCAUACCUGCAUGGUGUUUCGCACUAG